AUGUGCGAGCAAAUUGGAAAUUUUUCUAUCACUUGGCCUUCACUGUAUUGGCCAUCAGAUGAUGAAGUAAUUUUAUGUAAUCAGAAUGAUAUUCGGUUAUUUACAAUUAUCUGGACAAUAAUAUUUUAUACUGUGAUAUAUGGAACGGCAGGAAUAUGGGCAUGGAUAGUAUUUCAUAAGAACAGAUGGUCAUUUCUUUUUCCGAUUGGAUUUAUUGGAGUUGCAUUAUUAUCAGGACUUUUAGGAGGAACGAUAGUUGGAUUUGUUUUAGGAGCUUUAUACAACUUUGGUAAAUUUGAAAUGUCAGUUUGGAUUCCAUUUUUUUGGGGAUUGAUUCAAGCAUUGGUAGCUUUAAUGGGCAGUUACUCUUCCGUCACUACAAUUUUAUGA